GUUCCCCCGUCGCCUUGUUUCUCCAAACACUAAAGCACAGCCCCCUUACAAACACAGCAACAUGACGCCGAAACGAGUUCAGGCUGCUUCCUCUAGCGCGCUGGCGCUAGCGCUACUGGCCUGCGCCUGCGCCUGUGCGUUCGGCGCGAAGUCGCCGCAGAGCUCUUCCGUGGCCGGCGGCGGCGCCGCCCCCGCCGCCGGCGGCUGGAGUCCGCCCGCCUUCUGCCGCGGCAAGGACUGCCCAGAGUACGAGAUCCUGCAGACCCGGGACGACGUGGAGCUACGCCGCUACAAGAAGGGGCGUGUUCUGCGGAGGUAGGGGUGUGAGGGCGUGAGAGACCACCGCAUAGAUGGUCUCCGCCGCUGAGCCCCUGUCCCCCAAGUGAGAGAGGGGAGGUUGCCAGUGCGCCUAGGCGUACUGGGCCUGGCCCCUUUCCCACAGCGGGUCAUACGGUUUUAUGGUGGUCUCCCGGGCCAUUUGUGGCUGUAGAUUUCGCGGCGGAGGGCUGUGAUGGCGGUUGUGGUGUGGACGGCGUGCUGAACUAGUUUACGGCAUGUGUUGUGUGCGGACUGUGUGGGGCAUCCGAGUGUUUUGAGGAGGGCAUGAAGGUGGGGUGUGACCGUGCCAGUAUGGCCAAGGCUAAUUAUAGUGUCUGGGCUGUACAUCACGUCCCAGCCUGCGUCGCGGAGAGCGGCCACGAGGUCUUCGUGUUGUUGCAGUUUCUCUGCGCGUUUGUCCGGGUGGUUUAGGUCCGAGCAGUAUCCGACUUCUAUGACGUAGACCUUAUGGGCGCUCCUUUGUCGGCGUGUGCGGGGUGCACGGGCUGGCAGUCCGGACAUGUGCAUCCGGAGUGUGGGAAUGACCAGCAGGUCUGGACGGAGCUUCUUACGCACGCUCUCUGGCGUGCUGGGGAGCAUCCACGCAGGGAUGCGGGUUCCCCCGCUAUAAGUGGGGGCAUCCUUACCGGCGUCCAUGUACAUAACGCAGCCUCCAUAGUGGCCCUGACUUAUUGCUUUCGCUAUCCGCUGGACAGCGCGGUUGUGACGCGCAAUGUAGGCUGCUUUCAUGCGUGGGUGGGUGCAGCCGCCCAGGGUGUGCGUGCCACCGUCGUCGCCGCGGCACAGGGGGCAUUCGCCGCCUGCGCAGCCGGGCAUGGGGUGUUUUACUCUUGCGGCCCGCUUGGCAUUCCAGGAGAGGCCCCAGCGGUAUUUGAACGCGCAGCGGGCCUCUUCAAAUGAGAACUUGUCGAACAGGUUUAGGCCGUAGCGUUCGUCGAUGUGCUUCCUCGCUGCCUCCCAUAGUUCCGCGUACAGUCCUGAUUUGGUAUAACCGGUCGCGGUGGAUUUACGGGCCAUUUUCUUCAGGUCGCGAUUGAGGUCGUUGGCGUAGCGCAACCGUUCUUCCAAAUUGCCAUUGUGCUCCACAAUUUCCUUCUGGGCAAUCCAUCCCUCUAAGGGUUCAUAUGGGUGCGAGUAUAGAGUUUCUGUCGCAUCCGGCUGCACUGUUCUGGUGGCCACAGCCUGUGCCGCUUCAUCCGCUUUCUGAUUUCCUACGCAUGUGUCUGUCUGGUGCGAACGUACGUGAUAAAAUGAUGUCUUGUGUCCAGCUAGGGCACGUUCCGCAAGUUGGUCGACUAUGGUCCCAAACAUCUCGCGGUGCUUGCUUACGUGGAGUGACUCGGGCUCCAUAAUGGCGCGACGGAGGAUGAACAGACUGACAAGACUGUCGGUGUAGACCCGUAGGUGAGGUGUGUCGCGAUGGAGGCGGAGCGCCGUGCGUAUGGCGGAUGAUUCACACCGAAGGAUGGUGCUCAGGGGUGUGUUGAAGGCGAUGUCUUCAUCAAUGUGCGUGGUGCGGUUGUCGCUGGCGUCCCAGACCGCCGCUCCCAGGCCCGUGUACUCUCGUGUGUGUGGUACUUUGCUCCCGUCGGUAAAGACCGCGGAGCCUCGUGUGGGUGCGAGCGGGACAUAAGCGCGGUAGAGGGUUGCAAGCUCCGUAGGGGAUGGUAGGGUGGGGGCAUCGCGAGGGGGCUGGGGCUGGGGCGUCUGGCUGCUCUGGGCGAGGAUGCGCCGUUUUAACUUCCGGGGGGUUGGGGGCCACGGGUUGGGUGUGUCUGGGUCCGUGGGGGGUUUACGGGUAGCUAGGUGCGGGGUGUGCCCGAGCGCGUCCGCUAGGGCGAGUGCAAGCCCACUCUCCAGGGCCUGAUUGAGGAGGAGGCGGCCCCUUUCGUUUGUCACGCACAGGAGGUGGAGUCCACGUCGGUGAGCGGGGAGCUCCUGCGGCUGGCCUAGGCCUGAGGCCAGGCCUGCCCAGGCGUGCGCCGGUUUGAUGUGCCCCAGGUCGUGGACCAGUGGGUGUUGGAGCCAGGCUGUGUAGCCGCUUGUGUCGCCAUACGGGACCACCACGACGGACAGGUGCGGUGUGUGCGGUGUUGCCGCCUCGGCGCUGGCGACCGCCCACGCCAUGGCCAGGCUGGUGUGCUCGGGUUGUGGGGGUGGGUGAACGAAGGAGAUUCCAUCUAGCGUGCGGCUGUAGCAGUCGUGGGCGGCCCCGAACUCUGAAUCUUGCGGGUGGGUAGUGUAGUAUGCUGGGAUGUCGCAGUGGGCGUUGAGGGGAGAUGCGAAUGCCUCCGUCUGGAACUUGAUAUGGGACGUGAGCGUGGACAUCAGGUCGGGGCAGAGGGUUACCUCGUGCGCUGGGUUGGUGGAACUCUCCUUGUGGCGUUUGCUGGGGCGGUACCGUAUAAUCAGGGAGGCCAGAGCGGCAGCAAACCUUUCCGGGGGGUGAGUGGGGUUAAGGGUCCUGUACCGGGCGUGGAGUAGGGCAAGUCGGGCAGCGCUAACGGUUCCUAUG